AUGAAGGAGCUAUUCAAAGUAUUAAAGGAUCACAACAACAAGUUUAUGCAGGACUUAGUAACAGCUUUCUACCAGCAGUGUUUCCUGACUGUGGCGGAGGGGUUUUUGAGCGAUUCAGAAUCAAUGGAUGUGGAGGAAUGUGGAACGGAAAACGUAGUCAGCGUCCGCGUCAUCCAAGCCUCGUUUAAGUCUAUUGUUUCUGAAGCAAUAGAUAAAAUGAUGGGAGCAAAGUUAGUGAUUGAUUGUUAUGGCUUGGAUGGUAACAGCCAAGAAUCCCAAGAAGAAAGAACAAGUGACAGGAUGGAACCGCGACUAGGUGACAAGCUUACAGUCCUCAUAAAUGAUAUCUCGAUUGCAAUGAGGAGGCUGGAAUACGCCCUUUACAGGGGCACUGUUUAUAAAAAGUGUGAAGGUGCCACUUACACCUACUCCUACAAGUGCGAUGUGAAGGGGUUUGUGAACAGUCUAGCUGCAAAUGAGUCAUUGAAGGCAAGACUGGUGAGGGACAUGAAAAAAGUUAUCGAUAUCCUGGCUGACCCUGAUUGUGAAGUAAUUCGUCCCAUUGUUGUCGACUACAACCUCAUAGAGGUGAACGAAGGGAAAUGUUGGUCUGUCUCAGAAAGACGGUUCUUGAACAACGCAAUUCCAGCAGAGAAAAUGGGCCUUGUGACUCCCAGGGCUUUCUCGCGUUAG